AUGAUUAUCUCGGGUCACUCGUUCCGUUUUUGGAAUCUGUUCAUUACUUUAUUUCAAUUGGCAUUGGUGGCGCAAGCAAAAUCGGCAUCAGGUUCAAGAACAUUGGUAAUUUACGACAAGAGACUCACAGAUUUGGAAGAUUAUAGCACACUCUUUAGUAAUCUAGGAGACCGUUCUUUUCAACUCAAUUACAAACCUGUGAGCAACGAUUCAACUCCGAUCGGGCUUUUCCAAGGAGAAGAGAGGCUAUACGAUAAUUUGAUCAUAUUUCCCAUAAGAUCUAGACACUUCAACAAGCAACUCUCAGUUGAUAAACUUCUAGAUUUCUCUAAUGAAGGAGGUCACAUACUUACUUUGUCAUCUCCUGAAGCAACGGCAGAUAAUGUACGUCUUUUUUUGAAUCAAUUGGGCAUCUACCCUAGUCCAAAAAAUUACCAUCUCGAAGACUAUUUCCAAUCUGGUGGUGACACUCCACUGCGCGUCUCAGGAUCUAAUGUUUUGAAUGAACACGUCGUUCCAUCUUUGAAGCGUGAUUUAAUUUAUGGAGGCUCUGCGGCGCUUCUAGAUAGUUCCAACCUUAUCGUUCCCGUAUUGCAAGCGCCCAGAACUUCGUUCACUAAGGACUCGCAGAAGCAUGACGAAAACUGGACUGUGGGAUCUCAAGGAUACAUUGUUGUUUCUUUUCAAAGUUUACAGAACUCCCGUGUAUCCUGGGUUGGUAGCGACUUGUUUUUCAAUGAUAAGUACGCCAGCUCUAAUGGACAAUUCGUUCAAGAACUGAUGAAGUGGACUUUUGGAGAGAAAUCUAUUGUCAAAUCCCUGGGUGCCAGACAUAAACACACAAAUGGUCUUGAAUACUCCGAUAUGCCUUACAAGGUUAAAGACGAUGUUAUUUACGAGAUUGGCUUGACUGAAUGGGAUGGCACAUCGUGGGCUCCAUUUAUUGCUAAGGAUAUUCAAUUCGAGCUCAAAAUGAUUGAUCCUUACUAUCGCAUUACCUUGAAACCAAGUAAUUCGGCUCCUACCGCUCAAUAUUACACUACGGGAAAUUUUAGUCUUCCCGACCAUCACGGUAUUUUUACAUUCACCGUUGAUUACAAAAGAAGUGGGCUGUCAUUUUUCACCGAAAGAGACGUUAAACCAAUCCGUCAUUUGGCUAAUGACGAGUAUCCCAGGAGUUGGGAAAUAACUAACUCCUGGGUUUACCUUACCGCAAUCUAUUCGGUCAUAGUCGCGUGGGCGCUUUUCGUCACACUGUUUUUAAGCUUCAAAAGAAGCCAUAACGUCCAAAUGGAAAAGAAGAACAAUUAA